CAAAAGAAAGAAACCGUAAUCUGACUGUGAGGGAGGAAAGAGAAAGUGAGUCUGUUUGGAGACGAAACGGGAAAUGGCAAUUCCCGUCUGCAGGGCUCUGGUUCCCGAUUCUCACCCAACUUGCUUUUCCAAUCUAUCAAACGGAACUUCAUUUCCGAAGAAAAGGAGCUUGCUUUUCUGUACUUCAUCAUCACAACUAUAUCCAGUCCGGUCUGAAGUGUGCUUCUGUGUUGGAACUCACCUCAUUCCGCACCCCAACAAGGUGGAGAGAGGUGGGGAGGAUGCUUUGUUUGUUAGCAGCUAUAAUGGAGGAAUCAUUGCUGUUGCUGAUGGUGUUUCCGGUUGGGCUGAAGAAAAUGUGGAUCCUUCAGUAUUCCCUCGGGAGUUGAUGGCUAAUGCUUCAAGUCUGGUGCAGGACGAGGAGGUCAAUUAUGAUCCACAAAUUCUAAUAAAGAAAGCACAUGCUGCUACAUCUUCCAUCGGCUCAGCUACAGUUAUUGUUGCCAUGCUAGAGAGGAAUGGAAUACUGAAGAUUGCCAAUGUUGGUGAUUGUGGACUAAAGGUUAUCCGUGAAGGACGAAUACUCUUUUCCACGUCUCCACAAGAACAUUACUUUGACUGUCCCUAUCAAUUAAGCUCAGAGAUGGUUGGCCAAACAUACCUUGAUGCUAUGGUUAGCAGGAUGGAGUUGAUGGAAGGAGACACCAUUGUAAUGGGUUCAGAUGGGCUCUUUGACAAUGUCUUUGAUCAAGAAAUUGUCUCAACAUUGAAAACACAUGGUGAUGAUGUUGCUGAGGCUGCAAAGGCAUUAGCUGAUCUAGCUAGAAAUCAUUCACUGGAUUCAACAUUUGACUCACCCUAUUCAUUGGAGGCAAGAUCCAAGGGUUUUGAGGUUCCUUUUUGGAAGAAACUUCUUGGGAUGAAACUAACAGGUGGAAAGCUUGACGAUGUCACUGUGAUUGUUGGUCAGGUGGUGAGCUCAUCCAACAUUAAUGUCCUGGAUGAGAUUACGGGGAUAUGAAGACAAGAAUGAGCACUCUACAGUUGAUGCCAAAUUUUCUUGUCAUUCAUACUUCUUGUAGUAGAAAAAUGUUGUAUUAUUCAAAUUCACCUUGUAAAAAACAGGGUGAAAAUCUACAUGGAUUAUUUAUGAAAAAGUGAAAAGUUACAAAAUAUUAUUUCGUUGGAAAAUGACAUGCUGAAAUGAGGAGAGAAAUUUCAUGAUUUACUCUUUUCAUUUAUUUAGAUGGGUAUUAGGAUUUCACAUGCAUAAAUUUUUUGAUGCUAU